AUGCCCGCACGGUACAUAGUUUUUAGACGUCAUGCCGAAUUGAUACGCCUUAUGCGUUCUGCUAUUUACCGUAUUGGCAAGUUGUGUCGUCAUACCCCGCAGGCGCUUCGUCAACAGAUCACUCAGCGCAUCCUUUUGGUUGCCUCCAACGUCACGCUCAUGGACCAGUUUAUUGUACUAUGGAAUUAUCAGCUGAAACAUAUGAACUCCGCGAAAAAGAAGGAUGCGAUCUAUACACACGAACAGCUUUUAUCGUGUGUGACGACUCUGGCCGCAUUGAGUAAUUGCUCAUCUGAAGAUCAAAACUCCUUCGCAACGCUGGCGAUCCAUCGCAAGCCACCACCACAUGCCUUUGAUGCCAAUGCGCCACAAUGUCCUAUUUCGGUGUAG